AUGUCGGACUUGGGCUCGGAGGAGUUGGAGGAGGAGGGAGAAAAUGAUCUUGGGGAAUAUGAGGGGGACCGAAACGAGGCAGGCGAAAGGCACGGCCACGGGAGAGCCAGACUGCCCAACGGGGACACGUAUGAGGGCAGCUAUGAACACGGGAAACGACACGGCCAGGGGAUCUACAAAUUUAAAAAUGGUGCUCGAUACAUUGGAGAAUAUGUUAACAAUAAAAAGCAUGGUCAAGGCAUUUUUAUAUACCCAGAUGGAUCCAAAUAUGAAGGGGAGUGGGCGGAUGACCUCAGGCAUGGCCACGGCAUCUACUACUACGUCAACAACGACACCUACACCGGAGACUGGUUUGCUCACCAAAGGCACGGGCAGGGCACCUACGUCUACAUGGAGACCGGCAGCAAGUACGUGGGGACCUGGGUGAAUGGACAGCAGGAGGGCGCGGCCGAGCUCAUUCACCUGAACCACAGGUACCAGGGCAAGUUCUUCAACAAAAACCCCGUCGGCCCUGGGAAGUACGUGUUUGACAUUGGGUGUGAGCAGCAUGGGGAGUACCGGCUCACAGACGCGGAACGAGUGGAAGAAGAAGAGGAGGAGGAGUCAUUGACAACUGUCAUUCCCAAAUGGAAAGCGACCAAAAUCACAGAACUGGCCCUGUGGACACCGACCCUCGUGGAGGAGCAGUCCCCGGUGGAUGUACCUGGCCAGGAGGAGGCCCUGGCAGCCGAGGGUGGGGGGGAGGCUGUGGACGAGACCCAGCCUCUAACAGAUGGUUCAGAUGGGGAGGUUGAUUUCAUGAGGCCUGGAGAGGAAGACACUGAUGCCUUCAGGGAGGAGAAUGGGGAGGACUUCCGCUUUGACACCACAGACCAGGGAAAUGUGAAUUUUGAGGAAGACGACACCCGACAGUCCGACCCUCUGGACUAA